AUGGCUACAAAUUCUGCUUCUCCCGAGUCCCUCGAUGACAAGGAAGUGAUCAACGGCUCUGUGGCGUCUCUCGAGGCGCGUGGUCUCAAUCCAGAGAGCUUUCUCUACCGGGAGCUUUGCAAGACACACCUGGGUGAGCGGGCGGCCGCGGUGAUGAACAUGCUAGUCUCCAAGGGUCGCUUGAGUGCGCGCGAACUGUGCGAUCGGCUCGACAUGGAUUUAAAGAGUGUCAAGCGCAUUUUGGUCUCACUCGUGCAGCUGCGAUGCGUGCAGUACUGCGCCGAAACCAGCGUGUCCGGGCGCACCACCGUCUAUUACAGCUACUGCGAGGACGGCCUGCUGCUGAUGCUAUACGCGGGCGAGAUCGUCGAGGCCAUGCAGGUGCACUUCCAGUCGGACCUGGCAGCUCAGAUCGUACAGAACGUACUUGCUCUAGGCUCGCUGACCUUGAAGGCAUACCUGAGCUCAGGCCUCUCCGAGGUGUCACCUUCUGAGGUGUCUGCGUACUUCCUGAGGCUUUUCGAGGCCGGCUUCCUUGUACCGCUUACAGCCAAUGAUUAUUGUCCUGUAAGUGAACUGUGGACGCGGCUCUACAAGAAGGAGUACGACCUCAUUCCGAAGAACUCGACCUUGUCUGAUCUCAAGAAAAGGACAGAGGCCAAGCAGAAGGCCAAGAAACAGUUCUACCAGCUAGUCGGCCCCCCUGAUGCCUCGAGCUUCAUAGUGACUGAUCCUAGAACCUCUCUAAGACAGGUCGCCGAUUCCGUGCCGCUGACUUUCAGCUUGGGCAGGUACUUAAAGCUCAAAAGAUCCAAGCAGCUGGUUCAGUUUUCCGCUGCCAAAGUUGGCAAGGUCCCUGCCGCUCUUUACAAAAUUGCCCUUCGCAUGACGGAGCGGUCUUCUCCCGAAAUAACUGAUCCUCUCACCAAGACAGGCCUUCUACAAGAUGCAGACGAACUCGCGGCUACUCAAGACGAGGCAGCGCGAGCAGAAGAAAAGAAUCCGGGAGUUACCUUCAAUGCCAUGGAUAUAUCAAAACACCUCAGCGACGAUAUAGAUCUCAGAGGCACGAUCGCCUCUCAAAUGAAGCGGCAGAGGCCGAGUUCAGCCGAGGUCCAGUCUCACAAAAGAGUCAAAACAGAAGACGGCUUCGUGGUUCCUCCUCCACCAGCCAAUAACGGCGCUGAAGCCGACGAAAUGGCAGAUGACAACAUUGAUCUCGAUUUGGACGACAGCGACACAGACCCUCAUUCUGUCACUCUCAUCAACGGGCACUUGAAGUUGCUUGCAAGCUCUACUGUUUCCUUCCUACAGGAGCCUCAACCGGGCUUGUACUACGUGCCUUACACUAGGCUCAUGCCGUUGCUAAAGUCCUCAGUGUAUGAGGCGCUUCUGAGUUACACGCUAGGUGGGUCUGCAUGUAGAAUCCUCCGCUGUAUUCGUGACAACAACUUAGCGACAGAGAAGCUCAUUAACUCCACGGCAUUGAUGAGGGAGAAAGACAUCAGAUCUGUUAUUGCCACCUUGAUUAGGUACAAUGCCGUUGAAAUCCAAGAAGUCCCCCGGACGGCUGAUAGAGCUGCGUCCAGGUCAGUCUUUCUAUUUCGAAACAACCCAAGGCACGCAUACGACUUCAUGACCAAGAACCUCACCUGGAACAUUGCAAAUCUUUAUCACAAAAUCGAAGAUUUAAAAAGCGAAAACUCGACCCUUCUCCAAAAGGCUAAUCGUGAAGACGUGAAAGGUAAAGAAACGGAGCUCUUGCUUCCAAGCGAGCUUAAUCAGCUGAAGAUGGUGAACGAGCGUGAGCUCAAUGCAUUAACAAGAACCCAAAGACUUCUUUUGCUUUGGGAAGUAUUCAGGUUUUUUUAA